CAAUGUGCUCGGCGCGAGUGUAAUUUUCUGCGGAGGAAACGAUAGCGUUUCUAGCAAUCAUAGGUGAAAUGAGAAUAGGAGAGUUGCUGGAUUCUCGGCGUCAACGCAACCAAGUCCAUUUUGUCCGCGUGGAAGAAGAAAUGCGCCGCCUAGGCUACACUUGGACGUGGCAACAGUUUAGGACGCAUUGGAAAAAUUUGAAGGGGAAGUACAACAAAAUAAGUGUAUCUGUUUAUUUCUUCUUUACCCAGUUCGUUGAGCUCGCAGACGACGUCGCCUGCUUAGUAGCCGUGCUUCAGAUAUUGGUAUUUUGUGUAUACUACAGGAAGUGGAGUUGCAGAAGCUGAGUGGUGCGGCGCCGUCAAAGUGCCUCUGGUACAGUGAAAUGAGUGCUAUCCUUUCCCACCGUUCUAUGGUUGAAGCCCAGGAAUACGGCGUGGAUAGCGACGCAGUCAGCGAAGCUCAGAAGAGCCAAACAACAAAAAGAAGUGAUGCCGACAACUGGCAGCCUGCAUCUGAAGGCAGAGCCCAGUCACCUGACGACACAACUCAGUCGACUGAACGCAUUAGCGGCCACUCGCCUCAAGGCAGUUCAACUUCAAGCAAUGAUUGGACCGGUUCUGCGCCACCAGCAAAGCGGCCCAGACGGGGAAAGUUAACGGAGCUUGCUGAGCUCAUGCAAGAACAGCACAGCACAAAUGCCGACAUGCUUAUGGACCGUGCUGAACUUAUGUUCGAGCAGCAAAAGGAGUUGAUGAAAGAAAGCAAUUAUUCUUUCAAAGAAACAAUGACAGGAACAACUGCAUCGUUCCUGCAAGGAACACAAAAUAUGUUAGCACAGCUAAUCAGUCAGCCUCCACAGCUGCCCCUCGGAGGAGGUGUACCGUUUAAGUAUCCAUGGCAGAGAAGGAUACGCCGGAUCCCCUAG